AUAUAUAUAUUAACAUUGUGGAUUAAAAUAUUGUCUUUUAAGAGAGGAUUUAUAUUCUUUGGGUGAAAUUUGGAAUCAAUACUGACUGAAUUUAAAUAUUACCAGGACAGGAUUUGGACUAUUCUUGCAUAUUAGAUCGGACUUUACAGCAAAUUAACAUUUUGAUGUAUGUGAAUGGUUACAUUUCAUAAUAAACCUUGCUAUUGUUAAUAUUUGCUGGUUUGUUUUUCUGAUACUUUUAGAAUUUUAAGUAACAAUAACACUUAAAUGGUACCAAAACCAAGACUGAUCUGUUAAGCAUAAUGUAAUUGUUAAAAGCAUAACUUUGAUACAAAAAAAAAACACUUAUAAAUCACCUAACUUAUAAAUAAAAUAUAAGAUUAUAUGAAAAACUAUAAUAGUUGACAAAAGAAUAUAUCAAUAGAGAAAAAGAAUUGUUUCAUUUGCCCCAGAGAGUGUACCUGUCUUAUCUGUGGUUCCCAAAAGUCCUCUUCUUGCAAUGACCUUUCAUUUACCACCCAAUGCUCGUAAACAGCAGGAAACCGCUUUUUAAAAGUUCCUUGCAAAAGAAUCUCGGAGUGAUAUUUUGGACAUAUUACUCUGUUUUAAUACUAAUAUUGUUGAUAUCUAUUUCACUUCCUACAUCUAUCAUGAAGCUUAAUGCUCCGUAUAGUUUGUCCCCAUAAAAGAAAAAUGGAAUUGUCCAAAGACAAGCUGUGCAUUUCGGGUAUGUCUCAGACUUUUGUAAAUUUGUGAAACAAUGAACAUAAGCUCUGUAGAGCUUUUUGAGCAACCCUAUUUUAAGAACAUUUAAAACCAAUUAUACCUUACCCCCAGCAAUUAGCUGGUACCUAUUUACAGCUGGGCCGACUGAGGCAAUCGUGAUAAAGUGCAUUGCCCAAGGACACACAGCCAUGGGAGUAGCCGGGAAUCGAACCCGGGGCCUUCACCCCGUAGGAAAGCGUCUUAGCUCUCUCGACCAAUGCUUGACUAUAUUGAUAUUAAAUGUCAGUCUAAAAAUGUGCAGGCUAGAUCUCCGGCGCAUUUAUCUCCCCAACUGUCCUCGUCUAAAAAUUAAAAUGGUACUGUUUGAGCUCCUCAUUAGUUUGUGUCAUUACGACGGAACUUAUUCAUUAUCAACCUCUUCAUUAUCAUCCACUGUCUUUCAGGUUAAUCUGUGCAGUCAAAGGCCAUAAUCACUCAUUCUUCAUAGAUUUGUAGUACAGCCGAAUAGUCUCCUAAUUCGUAUCUUUCUACCAAAACCCUGCAUGGGCACUUUAAUGUUAUUGAAGCAUUGGCACAGUCUGGUCUGUUUUAAUUUUUAAAAUUCCAACCAAUCUAACAAUUUUCCAUUUCUUUAUUAUUUGAUCUGAAUCUUUUUUAUCUAUUCUAACAAUCUUGUAUGACUUAACACCCUAAGAGACAGUUUAUAACGCAUGUAACGGAAAUUACAUAAAUACCGGACCACUGAAAUACCGUAUACUAGAUCUGAAACAAACUGGACUCUGAACAGUUACUUCCCUUUAAUUAAAAUACGCCAUUAAAAUUGAUAACGAAGUUAAGAGUGUUUCCCCGAAAUUAUACUUUCCGAAACAGCUCCAUCCUUGACAAUCAAUGACAAUAAUUAUAACCUACACAGCGAAAGUAAAAAAAACAUCGAACAGAGAAACUAAACCUCUUCAGCAUGUGUCCUUUCUGUACUAGUGGUUAUCAUUAUUGUGCACAUUUUGGGCCCUAUCUAGAAAUAUUAUUAAACUAUGUUUAACAUUACUGCAAACACAUCAAAAUGAAGAUAUGUAAGAGUGAUUUGAAAAUGGAAAGACGGCUUCGCAUGUACCAGUGCUAUACACCGAGCACGUUAAAGAACCAGACUGUCUAUUCGCAAAAAGAUACCGAGACUGUGAUGCAUUAAAUUUACUUGACUUUGUAUAAAGGACAAAGGGCAGAGAUGCAGAGUGCAACCUUCACACCUCCCUUUCCAAAUUAUCAUAAUUGUUUAAUUCGAGGAUUACCUAUCAACAAACCAUUUAGAAUACAUUAUGACAUUAAAGACAGAGAUAGUCAAAUUGGAUCGUUCGUCAUUUUACCACUUCAGUUCACCAUCCAAGGAAGUGAGCUUUUAGAUCUCACUGGACAGACUUUAAGCUCCACAUCAAAAUCACCUGAAGAAAGUGCCUGUCAAACCAAGGUGCUGGAUACUUUAAAGAACUAUAUAAAGAAACAAAGUGUUUCAAAUGAAUGUGGAAAAGUUUUGACUAAAGGGAAGGCAGCAGCGUUACCAAAAUACUCUAGUGACUUCACUGGUCAGUUUAAUAAGAAUAAACCUGUUAGUUCUCAGAAAGAAUCCCAAGCAAACCUUAGAGAUAACUAUAAUCAAGAUAUUAGUUGGUAUGACUCCAAAAUCUUACCAACAGAGCCUACUGACAGAAUACAGUUUGUAGUGUUGGAUCCAGUUAGUCAAAAGAUUGGUGUUAAAAUGAUAAGUAAGCCUAUAAAUUUAAAUGAUGCAACAUCAUUUUCAAAUUCAAAUCCUCAAGAAAUUCAUGGAACUUCUGAUGAUACAGGAACAAGGAGGCUUUCUGGUGAUGUUGAAGCAGAUAGAAUUCAGCCUGAACCUGUUGUCAGUGCCAAAGAUGACAAAGCUGUUGGAUCAUUUUUUGUAAUGGUGGAUAAAAGUAGCUCUAUCUCAACAAAUAAUACUAGUAAACCAAGUAUACUAUUUAGUGAUGAUGAUAUGGAAAUUAGUAACAGUGACAGCGAAGCCUGUGACAACUCAAACAUUACACAAAAACAGCAUGACGAUUCAUUGAAUAUAUAUCCUUAUGUAAAAAUAAAAACUGAAACAGAUAGUAGCGAGUAUGAUAACUUUACAGUCUUACAAAAGUCAGAUGCAGAGAACUGUAUUAUCAAAGUUGAACUGAAUGAGAAUGGUAUGCCUUUGAAAACAGAGGAUGUGGAUGAAGUGGAUGUAGUGAAUGUAGAGGAGCAGGGAGAGUUUGGUGUUUAUAGACUUAAAGAUACAUGUACAUAUGAUCAAGUCUACACAGGAAAUAAAGUUUAUGACAUGAACUCAGCCUUUGGUAUAUCUCACAUAACAGAUCAGACUAACACUCUUAAACACAGGUACAUGAAACAAAGAAAAUCGAGUAAGAAAUUAAAAGAUGGAUGUACCAUCAACAACUUAUAUGUCAACAAUUUAUAUGUCAGAAAGAAAAAGCCAAUGUCUGUUGAUGAAGAUGAUGCAGAACUGAAGGAAAUGCAGAAGCUGAAGCUAGUAAAGUUGGGAGCUGAUGAUGGCAAAACUGCAGAUGAUUCAUGUAGAAGAAGUUCAAGACUUAAAUCUGUAGGAUUUCGACCAGAUUAUUUAAAUGUUGAAAAUAAAAUAGAUGAAUUCAUAGCUUAUGUAGGAGGAGAAAUCGAAUUUUCAGAUGCUGAAGAUGAGGGAAAAGAUGUAAAUGCAGAAAAUAUUUCUUUAGGUAAUGAAGAGGUUGGUAAAAAAAUCAGAACAAUGAAAAAGCCACGGAAAAAGAAGAAAGAGUGUGAUGACAUAGACUUUGAUCCUGAACAUGAAGAGUUGAGUUUCAGGAAGAAAUACAAAAAUAAAGACAAAAAUAAAGCUGACAGAGAAAGUGGUGACCUAAAUGAUACUAGUGACAGUGACAACAGUUGUAGUGAUAGUAAGAAAGCUGAUUCCAGCAAUAUUAAUGCAAAAAAGGCGAAAGAAAAGAAACCUAAACGGGAAAGGAUACAAAUGAAGCUAGAAGACCAUCAAGACAAAUUCAGAAUUGAAACACUUGAUUCAAUUGCAAGAAAGGACAGGGGAAAAUCAAAUUUGGAAAAGUCAGUAAAGGUUUAUGUUUGUACUUUAUGUAAUAAGUUUAAAAGUGCAAGUGUAGAAGGUAUUGAAAGCCAUUUGGAAAAUCAUAUGAAUGGGAAGUUAACUUGUAAGGAAUGUGGCUUCUAUGCAAGCAAUUCAGGGCAACUUUUUUCGCAUAGGACACAAAUGCACAAGCAUUUAUUCAAUAUAUGCCCAGAGUGUGGGAAGGAACUAAGUCGUAGACAUUUUAAAACUCAUUUAGGAUUAGCUCAUAAUAAACCCCAGUAUGACUGCACUUAUUGUCUGAAAGAUGGUCAAGAUGUGAAGAAAUAUUUAUCACUUGAUCAUUUACAUAGACACCAAAAGGAAGCCCAUAAAAACAUGGGUUACACAUGUGAGAAAUGUGAGAAACUGUUCUUUCGAAAAGAGUUUUUUGAAGAUCACAAGAAAAUAUGCAUAGGUAGGAAGGAAACAGACAGUAAAUUUUGUGAGAGAUGUGGGAAGAAAUUUUCAAGUUGUACAAGUCUAAGAAUACAUAGGAACACAGUUCACCUGAAAAUAAGAACAUUUCAGUGCCCAGAAUGCCAGUAUUCUGCUCCUAACAGAACAAGUUUAAGACAUCACCAAUUAGUUCAUGAAGGAGUGCAUCCAUUCCAGUGUGACCAGUGUUCCUUUACUUGUGUUCAGGCUUAUCAACUGAAAUCACAUAUGCGUACCCAUACAGGAGAGAAACCAUACAAAUGUACACAAUGUAAAUAUGCUGCAGCUUGGAAUGUACAGCUCAAGGAACAUGUCAAAGUUCACAGUAUGGAGACGGCAGCUAUGUGUCACAAAUGUGAUAUUAUGUUCAGAAAUGAAAAAGCACUUAACCUUCAUGCGAAGAAAGAACAGUGUAUGUUAUAGAAGAGUUCUUGAAAGGUUUCAGUUGCUGCAUGAAAUAUCAUUCUGUAUGGAUAAACAUCCCCAUAUUUUUGACCAGUACUUUUACAGUCAUGUUCAGCUGUACAAACUGAAAUUACAUGUGACUACACCUUACAAAUAUGAACAUUGUAAACAUGAAACAGCAUAGAAUAUGUAGUACCAGAUACAGACUCAGUCUAGAUUUACACAUACUUGGGUAAUCUAAAUGUUUAUUUAUAUAUUUAUUUCGCAAAUGCCCUCUCCACUCCCAUCCUUUUAGUCAACCUGCUAGUAUUAAGUACAAAUAUAAUUUCAAAGCUGAAAUUUUCAUAGCAAUAUUAAAGAAUUGUUUGACAAUCUUAAAACAAAGUUACUAAUAAAUCUGUUGUUAGACAAUUCCUCAGCCUUUUCAGUUAAACCCAAACCCACCCCACCCCCUCACACCCUAUUGUCCUCUAUGCUGUGGUCUCCUAAAAGCCUAUCAGUUGACCGUAUCCCGUUUUUGGCAUUUUUUGACAUUUGAAAUUUUAUACUCUAUUGUUAUGAUUUUUUGACAUUUGAAAUUUUAUACUCUAUUGUUAUAUGCUUGAUGCUUUAUUUAAGAUUUUUGCUUUUCUUGUUAUUGUUUACUUAUUUAAGGAAUAAGUGUUACUUAUAUAGAAAGCUGUUAUUUUUGUAUAAAGUAACUGGUUAUUUGGAAAAAAUAUAUUCUUUUAACCAGACAGAGACAUGUGGGGCCAUAGUCUCCAGGGGCAGUUCUGUUGAGGCUUUUGGUUAUCAAGCAAAUCUUUUUCUAAAGCAGCGAUUUUAAAUAUUUUACCACAAGAAUUUUAUUGUUGAAAUAAAAUUGUAAUCAAGAAAGUAAUGAGUGUGCAAGUUAUUUUGAAUGUGCAAAAAUGUAGUCAUAACUGAUAUAGGAAUCAAUAUGUUAUCAUUUCAUUAAGCUUGCUUAGUUGUAUCAGUAUAUUUGUAAUAAUACAAAAUAUAUUUACAUACUUU